AUGCGACAGGUGCUCAAGGCCGGCUUGGGGUGCCUCGUCUCCCUGCUGCUCGCCGCACCAGCCGACGCAUUCUACAUUCCAGGCUGGUCGGUUAAGAGCUACAAGGACGGCGAGCAGGUACCCCUGCUCGUGAACAAGGUCUACUCCGACAACACCCAGCUGCAGUAUGCCUACUACGACCUCCCCUUCGUGUGCCCGCCGACGGGCCAGCGCAAGCCCGGCACGGGACUCCUCAGCGGACAGAGCAUCCCCUUGAACCUCGGCGAGGUCCUCCGCGGCGACAGGAUCAAGACGUCCGACAUUGACCUGGUCGUCGGACAGGACAAGCCGUGCAACUUGCUGUGCAACCGCGAGAUGAGCCGCAAGGAUAUGCGCCGCGCAAAGGACAUGGUGCACGACGGCUACGUAACCGAGUGGAUCGUCGAUAACCUCCCAGGCGCCACGAGCUUCGUCACCGUCGACAAGAGUCGCAAGUACUACGCCGCCGGCUUCAAGCUCGGCUUCACGGAUUACUCGGCCAGCAGCGGCAAGCCGCGCUACUUCCUCAACAACCACCACACCAUUGUCGUUCGCUGGCGCAAGGCCCCGGGGAAGGCCGGCGAGCGCGGCGGUAAAGUCGUCGUCGGCUUCGAGGUGUACCCCAAGAGCAUCGGCCCAAACAACAAGCGCGACGACGACGGGUGCCCCGCGGAUUUGCAGAACAUUGACCAGAACUUUGAGCUCUACCUCGCCCCGAACAAGUCUUCCGAGACGCCGAAGCAGCAGCAGAACCUCGACUCCUCGUACCACCCCGCCGACGACGACGAGGACCUCACUGACGACGGCGCCAAGCUGACCGUGCCCUACACCUACUCCGUCUACUUCCGAGAGGACAACAACGUCGAGUGGUCGCGCCGAUGGGAUCUGUACUUUGUCAACCAGGAGGAGGGCCAAAAGAUCCACUGGCUGGCUAUUGUCAAUUCCCUCAUCAUCUGCGGUCUGCUUACGGGCAUCGUCCUGAUGAUCCUCGCGAGGACGAUCCGCUCCGAUAUCAAGGGAUACAAGGAGGUGCCUCUCGAGGACGGCAAGCCGAAGCUGAAGCGCAAGAAAACGACCGGAAGCAAGUCCCCCAGACUCUCGGAGAAGACCGGCGGACUGCUCGACCAGGGGGGAGCCAUCGACGCCGAAAAUGACGCCGAUGUGUCAUCCGACGAAGAGGCCCUCGAGGACGUCACGGGUUGGAAGCUGCUCCACGCCGACGUCUUCCGGACACCCCAUCAUGGCUACCUCCUGGCCCCGCUCGUCGGGUCCGGCAUGCAGCUGCUCUUCAUGGCCGUGGGCCUCGUCUUCCUGAGCGCCCUCGGCGUCCUCAACCCCAGCUUCCGCGGCGGCUUCAUCAGCGUCGGCGUCGGCCUGUUCGUUUUUGCCGGCCUCUUCUCGGGCUACUUCUCCGCGCGCGUCUACAAGACCUUUGACGGCCAGGACUUCCGCAAGAACGCGCUCGUCACCGCCGUCCUCUUCCCGGGUCUCCUCUUUGGCGUCGUCUUCAUUCUCAACCUAUUCGUCUGGGCGCAGGCCUCGAGUACCGCGAUCCCGUUCGGCACCCUCGUCGCCAUCAUCUUCCUCUGGCUCUGCAUCCAGGUGCCCCUCGUCUACGCCGGCUCCUGGUUCGGUUUCGUCCGCAGCGGCAACUGGGAGCACCCGACCAAGACGAGCGUCGCCCCCCGCCAGGUGCCCAGGCAGGCGUGGUACAUCAAGUCGUGGCAGUCUGUCCUGCUCGCGGGGCUGAUUCCCUUUGCGGUCAUCUUCAUCGAGCUGCUCUUCGUGUUCCAGUCCGUCUGGCAGGAUAAGAGCGGCUACUACUACGUGUUUGGAUUUCUGGCCGUAGUGUCGGUGAUCCUGAUUGUGACGAUUGCCGAGGUGACGGUCGUGACGAUUUACGUCCGGCUGUGCGCCGAGAACUACAGCUGGUGGUGGCAGUCGUUUGCCGUCGGCGGUGGUAGUGCCGUGUGGGUGUUCUUGUACUGCGUGUGGUACUACUUUUUCAAGCUGCACAUUACCGGCUUCGUGAGCAGUAUGCUGUUCUUCAGCUACAGCUUCAUGGCGUGCUGCGUGUACGGUCUCUUGACGGGGACGGUCGGGUUCCUGAGCGCGUACGCGUUUGUUCGGAGGAUUUACGGAGCCAUCAAGGCAGACUAA